CUCAGCUCUCAAACUCUACGACUAUCCCCUUCGUCUUCCUCACGUAAACCAGAGCACGUAGUACUACUAGAGAUACUAAGCACAUUUCAUUAGCGAGUCCUUUUGCUGAUCCGAUUCAAUGGAGGUUAUGAGGAGGAGGAGGUCGCCGUGCUCCGGCCGUCGCCGGCGGUCGACGACGACGGCCGUGGCGGUGGGGCGGAGAGUGAGGGAGCUGCGGCGGCUGGUGCCCGGCGCGGCGGCGAUGCCGGCUGACCGGCUGCUCGUCCGCACGGCCGACUACAUCGCGCAGCUCCGGGCCAGGGUGGAGCUCCUUAAGGCGCUCUCGGAGCUCUGCGUGCCCCGUGAGGGCCAUGGCCAUGGCGCUGCCGAUGGCCACGCCCCCUAGGCCUAGCUAGCUUCGUACGCGCGUACGUGUGUGGUAAUACCGUAUACUUACGUAUAAGUAUACCUGUCACGCAUGUAAAACGGAUGGUAUAUAUAUUCAAUUAAUGAUUUUUGCUCGAUCAACUAGCAUAAUUGAGCAGGUACAUAUACACGUAUAAAGUGGAGUUCUAUAUAAAGAUGUUUGAUAUAUGCCUUGUGUGUUCUUUUCUUUUUUGCGAAGAUAUGCCUUGUGUGUUUUACAGGGAGUAGUGUUUUUUGGCCAAUCCUGCUUAUAAUUUUUUUAA